AUGAUUUCCCCUCCAUCGUACACCGGACCGGUUGCUGUCCUUUCGGAGGACAUUAUCACCCUUACCUAUUUCAGGACUACCAAAGCAUCAGAAUGGAGUUUGGAAGGGUUCCUCGCCUCCACGCGACUCACUGAGUUAGUGUUUAUGUCGAGUCUGAAGGACAUCGCACGGAUCAAACGUUUGCCAUCUGAGAUUCAGAUUUUCGCGAAGAGGCUGGAAGACUACUAUGACGGCGUCUUCCAAGAAGAGGUCAUUGAAGUCGCGAAAAACAAUGCCCGCAAGAAUGUCAACCGCACGCUUUUAAGUGGAAAAGAACAUGUACUGCUACAGAGCUAUGUGGAUGACACUCUUGAAAGAGACAAGACUGCUGAAAAGAGGUACUGGACCCUGUGUCGUGAAUCCGAAUGGGUGGCAGAGCAGGAGCAAGCCGUAAUCAGGGCCAAGAAGGACAAGGAAAUGCAGCAGCAAGAGGGAGUAUCUCAAUCAUCUUCGACCAUGAUUCCUGGCUAUACGAUUCUAAAGGCAGGUCCCGAGAUCAAGGAGUGGGUGGACUAUGCGAUCGAAAUCUUGCAGCCUUAUAAGUCUAAGGACCGGGUUCGACAAAAAGCUUUUGAAGGAGAUCUUCGAUCAGAUCACAGCGCGUCAGAUGCGAGAUCGACAGGACGCGCUGUAUCGGGCGGUUGAAUUUCAUGCGGAUCUGGACCGGCAACUUCUGGAAAUGCAACAGCCGCAGGAGCAAGGGAUGGAAGAGUAGGGACAGGAGCUUGGGCAGGUGCUGGAGCAGACUCGGAUAAUAUUGCUUCUUCAUCGUACGGAGCAGUGGUCGGACCAGUAGGCAUCGACGGAGAUAUUGACUAUAGUUUGACUGAUAAACAAGAUGGAGAAAGUAGCAUGAAGGAGCGGAAUUAACGCUUUUGAUGACAGGACACGAUUACUCCUCCCAUACGAUUUAAUCACCAUCGGCCCUGGCUCUCGAUAGCAUGCUCGUUCGUAAAACAGAAAAGAAAGGAAAGCGCGCGCGCUCCUGCGCGAGAAGAUGUGUAGAGGAU